CGAGAAGCGAAAGCACUUUCUCUGGGUCACUAUGAAGGAAGCUGUCAUUGACAAAACAAUCACGGUUACAAUUCGCGAUGUGGACAUCCCCGUCGUGCAGCCCGGCCAAGUGUUAAUCAAGGUUGUGGUCUCUGGUACGAACCCUAAAGACUGGAAAGUGCCAACAUGGCGGCCCGAUGCACCGGCCACCAACCAGGGGGACGAUGUUGCGGGCUACGUGGAGGCGGUGGGCGAGGGAGUGCCGAACUUUCACAAGGGCGAUCGAGUGGCUGCCUUCCAUCAGAUGUUGACCCCUGGGGGCAGCUGGGCGGAGUAUGCCAUUGCCUGGGCGCAUACGACCUUCCAUCUGCCUGAGGAAACCAGCUUCGAAGAGGCCGCCACGAUCCCUCUCGCUGCCACAACAUCCGCUGUCGGACUUUUCCAACAGUUGGGGCUGCCUCUUCCCUGGAGUCCGGCAACGGAGUCGCUUCCUCUAAUCGUGAAUGGCGGGUCUUCAGCGGUCGGAGCUUUCGCCAUCAAGCUGGCUCGCCUCUCCAACAUCCAUCCUAUCAUCGCGGUGGCCGGCAGGGGCGCCUCGUACGUCGAGACCCUAAUUGACCGCUCCAAGGGCGAUACGAUCAUUGACUACCGUGACGGGGACGACGCUGUCCGUGAAAAUAUUAAAACCGCUGCUGGUGGCCGGCUAGUCCACUAUGCCUUCGAUGCGGUCUCCGAGAAGCGGUCUUACCAGAACCUCGGCGCCGUGCUGACUGCACCGGCAAAGAUCACCGUGGUCUUGCCAGGUUGCGAAUCCAACGGCCUUCCAGACGGGAUCCAAUUGUCGACUACAAGUUGCGGAUCAGUUCAUCAGCCUGUAGUUGCAGGAAACCUGGUCGGGAACGUCGAGUUUGGCGCGGCAAUCUUUGCCCUGUUUGGCAGGGGUUUGGCUCAGGGAUGGUUCGCAGGCCACCCUCAUGAAGUGCGCCCCCACGGACUGGCUGGGAUUGAGGGGGCAGUGAAAGACUUGCGGGCCGGUAAGGCUUCGGCGGUGAAAUACGUCGUGCGUAUCGCCGAUACACCAGAAAUGUAGGAAGUGCGAUGAGUUGAUCUUGGUGAAGACAGUUGAGCAUAAACAGUUGAGGAUACAUAUCCACGAAGGAAUGGGCUAUAGUCACCUGUUGAUAUUCUCAAACCACCUGGCUAAGGCCCAAAGUAGUAAGAUGCCCG